AAUAGAACAGAGAGGAGAACGAGUGAAGCAGAAAAAGAAAUCGUUCCUUUUCCUGUUGAUGCAUCUGAAGAAGAAUUGCGAGUAGAGAGAUCUUCGAUCGGUAGGCGAUAGAUUGGAUAUUUGUUGCUGUGAUUGUUCAUUUUGCGGUCAUCUGCUAGCUUCCGUACCCGUGAAUCGCUAUGAAAUCCCGGAGUCCGUCAACGGAGGAACAGGGAGGUUGAGGAAGCGGCGGCUUCUCCGGCGGGAGGUCAGGAGGAGGCUUUCCGGCUGCAUUGCGCUUGAGAAGGAAGCAAGGAGCAUUCCCGCCACCGUCCGUCGUACAUCGACGUUGGCCACAGAAAAUGCAGGGAGCUGUUCUGGUCGCCAUUGCUGCUGCAAUUGGCAAUUUCUUGCAGGGAUGGGAUAAUGCCACCAUUGCAGGCUCUGUUAUUUAUAUAAAGAGGGAAUUUAAGUUGGAAGAUCAACCAACAAUGGAGGGAUUAAUAGUGGCCAUGUCACUUAUUGGUGCGACUGUCAUUACGACAUUCUCAGGAGCAGUAUCAGAUUGGAUUGGUAGGAGGCCUAUGCUAAUUAUCUCUUCAAUUCUGUACUUCCUCAGUGGCCUCGUGAUGUUGUGGUCUUCAAAUGUGUAUAUGCUGCUCCUUGCAAGGCUUAUAGAUGGAUUUGGAAUCGGUUUAGCAGUCACCCUUGUUCCUCUAUAUAUAUCGGAGACAGCCCCAUCUGAGAUAAGGGGAUUGUUGAAUACCCUUCCACAGUUCACUGGAUCUGGAGGAAUGUUUCUCUCGUAUUGUAUGGUUUUUGCGAUGUCAUUACAGAUCCAACCUGACUGGAGAGUGAUGCUCGGUGUACUCUCUAUUCCUUCCCUUCUAUAUUUUGUGUUGACUGUAUUCUUUCUGCCUGAAUCACCGAGAUGGCUUGUUAGCAAAGGGAGAAUGAAGGAAGCCAAACAGGUUUUGCAGAGGUUGCGCGGAAGAGAAGAUGUCUCAGGAGAAAUGGCACUUCUUGUUGAGGGGUUGGGAGUUAGUGCAGAUACAUCUAUCGAAGAGUACAUAAUUGGACCUGUAAAUGAACACCUCGAUGAACAGGACCCAACAGCUGAAAAGGAGACGAUAAUGCUAUAUGGCCCAGAAGGCCUCUCGUGGGUUGCACAGCCAGUUACUGGUCAAAGUCAUCUUGGAAGUGCCUACGGUCUCGUAUCACGCCAAGGAAGUAUCGUAAACCAAAACAUCCCUCUUAUGGACCCUCUAGUUACCCUAUUCGGGAGUGUCCAUGAGAGGCUACCCGAGAUGGGAAGCAUGAGAAGCACUUUGUUUCCAAAUUUUGGCAGCAUGUAUAGUGUGGCGGAGCACCACCACAGAACCGAGGAAUCCGACGAGGAGCAAGGUCUCCCCGAGGGUGACGAUUACAUUUCUGAUGGUGCAGGUGGCGACUCCGAUGACAAUUUGCAUUCCCCGUUGCUCUCACGCCACGGAACCGGCAUGGGUGGGAAAGAUAUGAGGCAUAAUAGCAACCUUAUGCAAGGAAAUGCUGGAGAGGCAGUUAGCAGUAUGGGAAUAGGAGGCGGGUGGCAGUUGGCUUGGAAAUGGGUUGAAAGUGAGACCGCAGAUGGAAUGAAAGGAGGCUUCAAGAGGAUCUAUUUGCAUCAAGAAGGCGUGCCUGCGUCGCGUCGAGGUUCCCUUGUUUCAAUUCCCGGUGGUAUCCCAGAAGAAAGUGAAUAUAUUCAAGCUGCAGCAUUGGUAAGCCAGCCCACCCUGUAUUCGGAAGUCACUGGCCAUCAUCCAGCUGGUCCAGCAAUGGUUCACCCAUCGGAGGUUGCUUCCAAAGGGCCAAAGUGGCACGACCUUUGUGAGGCAGGAGUUCGACAUGCACUAUUUGUUGGCAUUGGCAUGCAAAUCCUUCAGCAGUUUGCUGGCAUCAACGGAGUUCUUUAUUACACUCCACAAAUUCUCGAGCAAGCUGGCGUGGAAGUUCUUCUUGCAAACUUAGGAAUUGGCUCUGAUUCGGCAUCCAUACUUUUAAGUGCUCUUACAACUUUACUGAUGCUUCCAUGUAUAGCGGUCGCGAUGAGGCUCAUGGAUGUCUCCGGUAGAAGAACUCUUUUGCUAGCUACGCUCCCCGUGUUGAUUGCUUCGCUUUUCAUGUUGGUUCUCACAAACCUUGUCGACUUGGGGACCGUUGCUCACGCUGUGCUCUCAACCAUCAGUGUUGUGGUUUACUUCUGCUGUUUCGUCAUGGGCUUCGGUCCAAUCCCCAACAUCCUUUGCUCCGAAAUCUUCCCAACUCGAGUCCGCGGCGUGUGCAUAGCCAUAUGUUCCCUCACCUUCUGGUUCUGUGAUAUAAUCGUCACCUACACACUUCCUUUGAUGCUCAACACCAUUGGUCUCGCAAGUGUCUUUGGAAUAUAUGCUGCCGUCUGUCUCGUGGCUUUGCUGUUUGUUUUCCUCAAGAUUCCUGAAACUAAAGGCAUGCCUCUCGAAGUGAUCAUCGAGUUCUUCAACGUCGGGACGAAGCAGCUCACCAGGGACUCGUUCAAAGAUUGAAAAUGGCAUUGAAACAUAGUACAAGUAUACUUUUGAAGGGGCAUGUUUACUUUGGAUGCCCAUUCUGGUUGAGGAUGGAAAUUUGAAAGGAAUGAAUUUGUUUCUUUAUACUCGUUUCGUUAUCGAUCUGUUUGGUGAGCUACUUCUGUUGCACAUUCUAUAUUCAAGCUUUAGUUUUGUUUGUCGAUAUACUCGUCCAAUAAAACACUGCUUUGAAAGAAAGAAUAUGUUCUUGGGAA